UUGUAUUUUAUUGUUACGUUGUGAGCUGCCCAAACUUGCUUUGGAGUUGAGUGGUGCCAAAAUUGAACAAAUAAAUAAAUGGUUUUGAGCUGACUUUAUUGUUGGAGGGAGCAGAGGGGCUCCUAUGGGAGUGUUUUCUCUGCCCGUUUUUUCUCCUGGUUGCCCCCUCCCCAUCUGAAAAAAACAGGGGGAAGAGGCUGUUCCCUUGGAUUUUAAUUGAAGUGGGAGAAGCCUGGGAGGCUGCGGACCCCUGAGAGGGGAUUGUACAGUGGAAGUCAGGACGCACUCGCCCUUGUAACUAAGGGAAGGCAAGAACUUCACCCAUGAGAAUUUGCCUGAAAUUCUCCUCUCCUUUGAAAUAGUGUUCAAAACACCAAUGCCCCUUCAUCCGGCGAAAUGAGAGCCGAUAGAAAGAAAUGCACGAUCCACUUCCUUCACCAUGCUGUUUUUAGAUUUAGACUGGGGAUGCCCAGCUCUGUGAGUGUUGCGUGUGCGCACACACACACACAGACAUUUGCUUUAGAUGCAGCGUUUAUCUGGGGGUGGUUCCGCCCUCAAGCAGCAUUUGCCAAGCGGGCAAUAGCCUCUGCAGCUGCGCAGAGCGGAUGGGCCGACGCAGGGCCACAGCAGAGUCUGGUGCUGGUGGGCCCGGCUGUUUAAAGAGCAAGCGGCUUCCGGCACCUUCAUGCUCCCCCCCGAUGCAGCUUCAGGUCACCGAUGGUUGGGGGCUUCCAGCUCACGGGAGCUUUUGGUGUUGCCGUUUACGCAGUCAGACUCCCUGGAUGAGGGCUUGGGGGCCUCCAGACCUUCUCGAGCUGACAGAUGGCUGUGUCUUUCCUGUUGCGUUUUAGAGAAACAGAAGAAGGCCAGAAAGAUCUGGGACCACAGCGAGACCAGCAGUAUCCAGUCUUCCCAGUCCACUGAGGGCGAUGAUCUCUCCAUCCGAAGUCAAGCCUCCUCUUGCACCACGGAGAACGCCUCCGAGGACGCCAUGUCUGUCCGCUCUGAAAUGAUCCAGAGGAAAGGCUCCACCUUCCGGCCACACGAUUCCUUUCCCAAAUCCUCUGGGAAGGGAGAAAAGAGGCGGAGGGAGCGGAGGACGACAGUUCUGGGGCUGCCUCAACACGUGCAGAAGGAGCUGGGCCUGAGCAACGGGUGCGACUCCAAGAAACGGCCCGGCAGCAUUGCUGUUAGAGCUGGCCCAGGCCUGCCACCCCUGGUGAACGGGAGUCAGUUGCCCAGCCCUGCCAUCCAGAUCCCCACCAUCGAUGGGAAGCCGCUGCCCACCGCCCUCCCUGAGAGGGGUGCCCGUGUCUCCCUCCAGGCUCUUGAGGCUCACGCCUCAGAGGCUGCCCUCCAGCAGCACAUCAACCAUGUCUACUACGACGACUCGGUGCUGGGCCACAAGACGGCAGCCAAACUGUCUCCUGUGGCCAGGCCCAGGUCCUUGGCCGUUCCCUGGAUAACCACCCAGCCCAGCUCCUCUGAGCUCCUGAGCCCAGUCAUGUCCAUCUCACCACAGGGUACCUACCUGUCGAAGAUUAUUCCCAAUGCCAUUUUGCCGCCCAUGGUGGAUGUCAUUGCUCUGUCCCGCAACCGGGUGCGCACCCUCAGCCGUUGCAGCCUGGCCACCGCAAGCCCAGCGCUCUCGGUGCGCUCCACGGGCCACUUCCCCGCUGCCCCCCGCAGCCGUGAGCACUCCUCCUCCAGCGACAACUGGAGCCAUUCACAGUCCACAGAGACCAUUGUCUCCAACGCUUCUACCAUCUCUUCCCACGGGGGCCCCAGCGGCCACAGGGAUGAGGCUGGGCUGGGCAGCACAGGCCCCUCUGUGGGCAGGCCUGACCCUGACCAGCUCAGCUCCCUCAGCCCCGCCAGCUCCAGGCAGGUCAGGGCCAAGGCCGCCCCCGCCUCCCCCAGCCUCCUGGGGGUGCGGCCGUCGGGGAGCAGCGGCCGGGCCUCACCCGCUUACAGCACCGGCAGCGUGACUGAGGGCUCGGACAGUGCAAGUGUGCGCAGUGACCGGUCCUCGACCCGUAGCGUCUCGCUCAGGAAAAUGAAGGUGGCCCCCAUGCCUCCCCGGAGGACUUACUCCUUGCACCAGAAGGCUCAGCAGCUGGAAGCCGAAGGGGCGCCCCGAGGAAUGGGGCUGCCUCCCAAGCCGGAGCGGAGGCCCCACCGGGAAGGCGCCAGCGAGGACGACGUCUUCUCCCCUGCCUCCCCGAGAGGCACCAGCAGCCUGCAGUCCGGCAGUCCGGCCUGCUCUCCAGACAUCUCUCACCGGAGCCCGAGGACCAUCAGCACGCUGCAGGAGGUCGACGGGAGCCGCGAGGCUCAGGAGCCCGGCUCUCCCGACCGCUUUGGCCGCACAAUGUCUCCCUCGAGCGGGUAUUCGAGCCAGAGCGGCACCCCCACCCUCCACCCCAAAGGCCUCCUCGCCCAUACUGCCUCGUCCGGUUAGAGGAGGCCCCAGCCUAAGAAGCCGGGGAUCAUCUUCUCUCUGCACCUGUCCUCCUCGGCCUCCGACCCCGCGCCCCCCGAAGGGACGGUCCUGCCCACUCCCGGCUCCCUCUCUGGCUCCUCUCCUGCCACCCCACGUAACGUGGAUCACUUGGUCAUCCCUCCCCACCCGAAGGUCCUGGCGCCCUUCUCCCCGCCACCCACCGAGCCAAAGAGCAAGGAAGGGGCGGUGGCCGCCUUGCUCCUCAGCAGCCAAGCCCCGAAGCAGCCAAGCCCUCUCGCAAAGAGGGGGUCGCCCCCACCAUCCCCUCCGCCGGCCUACCACCCCCCUCCGCCCCCUGCGAAGAAGGCCGAGCCGAGUCCUGUGGACACUGCUGCCGCGCCGGUUCCUUCGGAGACUGAGCUGGGGGCUUCCGCAGACCCCCUGUGGCUCCCUCCGCCCCCACCCCCGACCGAUGAGCAUGAUCCCUCCAUGGCUGACUUUCCUCCGCCAGACGAGGCCUGCUUUCUGCUGCCCCCCCCGCUCUUGCAGGCUGAGUCUGCAGAAGCCUCCCCUGCCGAGACAGGGUAUACAGAGGCCCCCCCAGGCCCCCAGAGAGCAGCCCCUGCAGGGCAGGACAAUGCGGUGCCCUCUUCCUCGCUCUCCUUCUCCACCAUGGUCUCCGCCAAGAUCCUGCAGCAGGGAGUCGAGGGCAGUUCGCCGCUGCCAGCUCCAAGCACAGAGCCCUGCCCGCUACCCAAAGUUUCGCCAAGCAGGGAACCGCCCAGCUCUCAGCUCGGCCCCAGGAACCCCACGGCCUCGGCGAUGGCUGCGCCCCCGCCCUCCAGCCUCCCCGUUCAAACUAAGAAGCCACCCAGCGGCUCCCACCCCGACCUCAAGAAGGAGCCCGCCCCUCGCAGCAAGGGCAGCUCAGUGCCCAAGGAGGAUGCCAGUCUGCCCAUCGUUACACCAUCUCUGCUGCAGAUGGUUCGCCUGCGCUCGGUUGACGUGGAUGCUCACGGCCCCGCGGUCGGCCCAGCCGGGACCAGAUCCCCCACGGAGCCCAGCAGGCCGCAUGUGGCCACCAACGGGAAGAUGGGCCCCUCCGCCCCCCAGAAGCCUCUCCGCAAGUCCCUGUCCCUGCGGGGGGGCCAGCCCGCUUCGAAGGAAGCGGUGAACCCGCUGCACGAGGCCGUGCGCUUGAAGGCCUCCACCUUGUCUUCCAGGGAAGCGGCGAGCCUCGGAAUGGCCGAGAGGAAGGCCGGGAGCCGGGUGGCGCUGCCGGGCGUCCCUGCCGCCGAGUCAAACAACGGCCCGGUGUCCCCAGUCUGCAAGUCGCCCGCUUCCACCGCCAGCUUCAUUUUUGCCAAAGGCCCCAGGAAGCUGGUCAUCGAGACAGCGUCCUCUUCAGAGGCUCAGGCCAGCCUGCAGAAGAGUCUGGUGGCUGAACUGAUGACUGUCUCCAGCCAGAGAUCCACAGCGGCCCCGGGGCUGCAUCCGCAGGGCUCAGGCAAGGCCCCCAAGCCCCAGAAGAUCCCCCCUCCCAUUGCCAAGAAGCCUUCUCUCGGGCCAGGGCACCGGCAGCCCCUCCCAAGCCCAAAGUCCCCCGGAGUCGAGGAUCCAGACGUCGGGGAGAGGACUGAGAACGUGGAUUCUGAAAACCGGGCCCUUCCCGCAGAGUCCAGCGUUGACAGCCCCCCAGCAGCGCCCGAAAACCAGUUGCAGAGCCCCACAGCACAAGACGUCAAAGAGGAGGUGGCGUGAAGGACAGCCCUGCGGUACCCUUGCCCGUAAGAUACAGGGAUUUGAAAACAAAAAUAUUCUCAGGGACCUCAUUAGGGCCAGAAGAGGGGCUUCGAUCCAGUGACGCCGAAGAAAACAACACAGCCUUAGUCUCUCAUGGCCUUGAUAUUUAUGCAACGGUGGUCGGGCUUUGGAUGCCUUCAGCGAUACGGCGCGCUCUUCCACCCGGAGACGAAGGAGCACAUUACCUUUCCACACUUCCGUCUCUCCCUGGACUAGACCCUCGCGCCAUCAGUCCUGCUUGGCUUGGUGGUGUUGAAUCCCCCCUCCCCUUUUUGUGCGUGUGAGGAAACAGCUUAAGAAAGCAUAAGAUGAAGAC